AUGGCCGGAAAUAUCGAGUUAGAGCGAACUCUGGCGAUUAUAAAACCUGACGCUCUUCAGGACGCAGACGAAAUCCGGCGAAUCAUCAAAGCAUCUGGCUUCUCAAUUAUUGCCCAGCGACAAAUACAUUUAGCUACCGAGCAAGCAGGCGACUUCUAUGCUGAACAUUACGGAAAAAUGUUUUUCACAAAUCUUAUGUCAUUCAUGUCCGGUGGUCCGAUUAUUGCUAUUGUUUUGGGGAAGAAAAACGCGAUCGAAGACUGGCGAAAACUGAUGGGGCCUACGAAUCCGAUGGACGCGCGGGAGCGAUUCCCAGAUUCGAUCAGGGCGCUUUUUGGAAAAGAUCAAACUCAGAACUCGGUCCACGGAUCGGACUCGGUCGCCUCCGCCGCUCGCGAAAUUCGAUUCUUCUUUCCACAAAUGAUCCUCGAGCCUAUUCCUACUGGUCAAACUACAGAACGUUAUAUUGAACAGCAUAUUACUCCAACAUUGAAUGAAGCUCUUUGCAAGCUGUGCAAGGAAAAGCCUGGCGAACCAAUCUCGUGGCUGGCCGAAUACCUGGACCAGAACAACCCGAACAAACCCUGCGUCACUCAGCCUUGA